GACUAUGUUCUGGGUAACCCAUGUGGCCCUUUUGUUGAGGCCGUCAGGACACAAAGGCCCCACCGACAGACGUGACCCUCCGAGGACAGGGAGGCCCGGGGGCGGGGGCACAGCGGGAGCCCCAGCCUCGGGGGCGUCGCACCGCACAAAGGAGACAGCAGGGAGGCGGCCGCGGGCGCCGAUCUUCGCUCACCAGCCACUCGCAGUUGCGGUUACAGACCUGCAGCUUCCCUCCCCCUCCCCACCCAGGCCCGCCCGCCUGCCUUUCUGUCUCCUCUCUCCCUCCGUACUGGACGGCCCGGGUCCAUUUCCGGGCUCCGGAUACUUGGUAUCGAUCGGGGCCGAGGGCGCGGGAGCAGGUGGCUGCGGCGGGGUAGCUGGACCGCCAGCCUGGGGCGCCGGGACGGGUCUCCCAACGCCUUUGUCGCCAGCCCUUCCGCGGCGGCCGCUCCUCCCCCAGGUCGGCGCGCACUGCCGGCCGGACUUUGCGCCGCGUCGGGCGCUGCUGCUGCGCGCGGGGCCGCGCUCGGGCCCGGCGGCGGCGGGGAAGCGGGCGGCGAGAGGCGGCCGGGACCCCGGCCCAACAUGGCUGAAGUCACCAUCGACCAGUCCAAGCUGCCCGGAGUCAAGGAAGUGUGCCGAGAUUUUGCUGUCUUAGAGGACCACACCCUGGCCCACAGCCUGCAGGAACAAGAGAUUGAGCAUCAUUUGGCAUCGAACAUUCAGCGGAACCGUUUGGUCCAACAUGAUCUCCAGGUGGCUAAGCAGCUUCAGGAGGAAGAUCUGAAAGCUCACGCUCAGCUCCAGAAGCGCUACAAAGACCUUGAACAACAAGACUGUGAAAUUGCUCAGGAAAUCCAGGAGAAGCUGGCUAUUGAGGCGGAGAGACGACGCAUUCAGGAGAAGAAGGAUGAGGACAUAGCUCGCCUUUUGCAAGAAAAGGAGUUACAGGAAGAGAAAAAACGGAAGAAACACUUUCCAGAGUCUUCUGGAUCCAGUGCUUAUGGAGAUAGUUACUAUUAUGAAAAUGGAGACCAGCCACAGUCAAGGAGGGCAAGGGAAUUGGGUUCUGGAGUCUCAAGGUCAUGUAGACUCCAAAGUGAUGGAAACACUGUGAAGGAUCAAGGAAGGAUCAAGAAACCCAAACAUCCAGUGGAGAACUUGGAAGAACUAGAAGAUCAUUGUUCAUCAGGGAGAUUUCUCUCAUCCUAUAGCUUGGGCAGAGUGAGGGCCAAUUCCCAAAUUGACACUGAGCAGCGUGAAAGGAAACGGUCUGAUCAUGAGAGACUUCGGAGACCUCCGCUUCCCAAGAUCAGUGGUGAGGUGUUUCUGAGUACUGGAUUUGAUGAUGGGGAGGCUAACAGUAUCCAUCGAACUCGGAAUUGGGAAAAACAGUCCAGACACCAAGACCGACUUUCACCCAAGUCUUCACAGAAAGCAGGGCUUCAUUGCAAGGAAGCUGUAUAUGGGAGGGACCAUGGGCAAGGUGAGCACAGAGAAAGGAGACACAGGCCCAGGACUCCUCCCUUCUCAGAGAGUGAGGAACAGCUCCAGCUCCAUGACACAGGAAUGAAGCCAAGAGGGAUGAAAGAAGCUGUCUCUACUCCAUCACGAGUGGCCCACAGAGAUCAGGAAUGGUAUGAUGCUGAAAUUGCCAGAAAACUGCAAGAGGAGGAAAUUUUGGCUACCGAGGUGGACACGAGAGCAGCUCAAGUAGCGCAGGAUGAGGAAAUCGCUAGACUUCUCAUGGCUGAAGAAAAGAAAGCUUACAAGAAGGCCAAGGAGCGGGAGAAAUCAUCUUUGGACAAAAGGAAGCACGACCCUGAUUGGAAGCCAAAAACAACUAAAUCGGCACACUCAAAGUCAAAAGAGAGUGAUGACCCUCACCGUUCUAAGAAUGACAGGCCAGCACGGCCACCACCACCUACCAUGACAGAGGCUGAAGAUUUGGAUUACACUCAUUUUACAAACCAGCAUAAUUCCACACGUCAUUUCUCAAAAUCAGAAUCCUCUCAUAAAGGUUUCCAUCAUAAGCAGUAAAACCCUAGGAAUCUGCCUUGAGAAACGGACUCACUGUAGCAAUCAUUACUGGAUGAUAAAGAAUGCGUUCCACACAUUUUUUUCCCUCCUGUGUUUGUAUUCCUGGGAUUUAUCUUCAAGUGUUCUUCUGGCCAUAAAUAAUUUUAAUUCAUUUAAAACGUUUUUGGUUAUUCCUGAUCACUUGGGCAGUACAAGAAAAUCUAGCUUCUGAAUAUUGGCCACCUCUCUGCUGCAUAUGCUUCCUGGGAUAUAGUAUCGAAAAGCUCUGUAAAAUGUCAUUUUUGUUAGGUAUGGAGUACUAGUAUCUAGAGACUAGGCUUUAUUUAGCAGUUAGAAUUUUGUGGAGAUUAUGAUCAGAGUAAAACAAUGUUUGGAUGCAAUACAGAAUAAAAGAAUAUAAGAAACAGCUUUUU